GAACCUUUGAAUAUUUACAAAUAGUUUAUGUAACAUGACUUAAAACUUCAGACUAUGUAUCCAUUAACAUCUUUGCUCUACAAAGCGAAUGUGGGUAUCAAAAUGACGUCAGUUUGUUUUUCUAUGCUGUUUAUUUUGUUGAGUUCACAUACAUUCUUUAACAUUUAUUAAAAUUGUUACACUAAUUUAAAAGUGCCCUAGGGAAGCCUUGAUUGGACUUUGGUUUUUUUCAUAUCAGUUUCUCUGUGUUUAUUGCAGAUUAUAGCAAUAAAGUGUUAUUGGAUGAGGUUUUUCACCAAAUGUUAUGCAAUUUUGUGAGUUUUCUGUAAAUUGUGUCCCUGUAAUAGCUUCAUUUACCUAAAUAUAAACAUAUCUCAUAUCCUUUACUUCUUAUUGUAGAUCCUUGAAAAUAGCAUGUUAGAUGCUAUUCCUAUAGAUCCAGUGUACGGUUCUAUACUUUAAAAAUAGGAACUAUCCAAGCCCUAUGAAUUUACAUCUUCCAGAAUGUGAAAGAAUUCUUUAUUAAGGGAAAAUUCCCCCAAGGCAACAGCAUACUUCAGUUCCAGUCUAAUGGUUCUGAGUCAGGGAACUCAGAGUCGAAAGAGGAGUGAAAAGUCAGAAAACAAAUAGUAAAAAGGUCAGAUGCAGAACAAAAUAAAAAUGGAAAACAUUCAUAAUUUCCUUUUUCCUACCCUCUGCACAAAUUCCAGAUGCCCUGCCUUGCUCUGCAUGUCCUAUCAUCUUGUUCUGUCCUGUCAAAGCAGAAUACUCCCAGGCCCACAGGUGGCAAGGAGGAUCUGCAGUUAUGUCCUUGUCUCCUCAUGGUUUGUUGUCUCUCUAGCCAUGUGGGAACAUUUGAAGUUCAUCCAAUCCCAUUUAUCAGUUCUUACCACUCCUUCCUAGACUACUGAUUCCUUUACAGUGAAUUUUUACCUGUAUCUAUACCCCUGUAAUUUCAAACUUUUGAGUCCUACAUUACACUGUUUGUUCUAUUUUUAAUUGGCUUUUAUGUUAGAUAAGAAAGUGGGAAUAGGUCUUACUCUUUUACAGGUGGGUAUUUAGAUUAGCCAUCAAUAUUUGCAGAAGAGACCAUCUUUCCUCCAAUGCAAGCUUACUACCUUCAUCAAAACCCAAGUGGCCGUAGCUGCAUGCAUCCAUUUCUGGAUACAGGAUUCCAUCCCACUGGCAUUAUAUCCAAGACUUCUUUAGAUACAAUAGACCAGACAGCUGCGGAACUGCUCAACACUUACUCAGAUGACGACUACAUUAAAAAGAUCCAGAAACGCCUAGAAGAAGAUGCUUUUGCACGUGAACAAAGGGAAAAAAGACGACGGAGGUUGUUGAUGGACCAGCUGAUAGCCCAUGAAGCACAGGAGGAGGCCUAUCGGGAAGAGCAGCUCAUUCACCGGCUCAUGCGCCAGUCCCAGCAGGAGCGCAGGAUUGCUGUGCAGCUCAUGCACGUUCGCCACGAGAAGGAAGUUUUGUGGCAAAAUAGAAUUUUCAGAGAGAAACAAUUUGAAGAAAGACGACUUAAGGAUUUCCAGGAUGCUCUAGAUAGAGAAGCGGCUCUCACCAAACAAGCCAAGAUUGAUUUUGCAGAGCAAACCUUGAGGGCGAAGGAAAUUCAUGAAAAGAUCGCCAUGGAAAGAGCCCAACAGCGUUACGAGAAGCAUUAUGGGAUAUGUGCAGAGAUUUUGGAUCAAAUACUUGAUUUGUGCACGAAGGUAGCAGACUAUAGGUUGCUGACAAAUAAUCUUAUUCCACACAAGAUGAUGCGUGAUUGGAAAGAACUGUUUUUUAGUGGAAAUCCCAUAUAUGAACAGACUUCUCAUACACAUGGACAAACAGAAUCCACUGAGGAUCACCAUGUAGAGUUGAACAAAAGGAACUUACUCGAUAGCAAAGAUUAUGAAGACUAUAAGAACAUGACUGGAGAGUGGGCCUUACCAGAGGACAUGGCAAACAGUUCACCACCCUCCAACAAUAACAUACUGGGUCAUGUGCUUCUGAGAUUAAUUGAAAACUCGUAUCCGUCUGAGAAAGAAGUUGCAGACACUGAAUUACCUUCAUUUGCUGUGAAGGGUUGUUUACUGGGGAAGACACUCAGUGGAAAAACUACAAUCCUCAAGGCUCUUCAAAAUGACAUCCCUAUUCAAGUACUUUCUAUUGAUACUCUUGUCCAAGAGGCUAUCCAGGCAUUUAAUGAUGGAGAAAAAAGUAGUAAGGCACCAUCGAUGCAUGAAGAUGUUAAAGGAGAUCCUGAAGUGGACCAGAAAGAAAUGAUCAUACCUCAGGAUAAAAAUGAGCUAACAGAUACUCAAGUUCCAGGGGAAGCAACACCCCAAAAAGAAGGUACGAAGAGUAGUGACUUUGAACAAUUCAGACCAAGUAAUAGCUUUCUGUCACUUAGCAUGCGAGCUCAACUUGGUGCAAAAUCAGAACUGAUGCUCAGAAGAGGCAAGAGCGUUCCAGAUGUACUGCUGGUUAACAUCCUGGUAAAUGCUAUUAAGAAGAUACCUGUGAACCAAAGCUGGGUUCUAGAUGGAUUUCCAAUGACAGUAAAUCAAGCCAAGCUCCUGGAGGAAGCUCUUACAGGAUACAAAAGAAAAUCCCUGCAGUUAAAGAAGAAAAAAGCACAAAUGCCCACAUUGGCCUUGAGCCCCACAACUUCCAAAGAGGUCCCUCUUCUCCCAUCUGCGUUCGAUUUUGCCAUAUUGCUUGAUAUUUCAGAUAACUCAUCACUGGCUCGCAUUAACGAUAUCAUAGCUAAAGAAAUCUCACAUGAAAUUUCUCAUGAAAAUGUUAGCGGUCCUACAAUUACUUCAAGUGAAGAAAAGAGUGAGGACCGGAACUUAAGAGACCACAUACAGCACAGAAUUGUUGGCUUCUUGGACAACUGGCCAUUGUUGGAAGAGUGGUUUACAGAGCCAAGAAACAUUUUGAAAAAAGUCAAUGCUGAAAUAGAUGAAGCGCUCUUAUGCCAAAAAAUAAAAGAAAUUUUUGCUACUGAAGUAUCAAAUAAAAAAAUCAAAGUUGAAAAGAAACUAGAAGAAAAGGAAACUGAGAAAAAGUCAGCAGUUUCUCCGACUGAGCCUCCUACGCCGACCCCUCCCCUUGCUUCUGAAGCAGAAAAAGAAAAGGAGGUUCAUCAGGCGAAACCUUCUGGGAAAGGAAAGACACAAUCAGAAACCCAGCAUGGUAAGCAAGAAUCUCAACCUGAAGGAAAAGGGAAGAAAGUUUCUCCUAAAGGAAAAGCACAAGGAGGCAAAAUUUCCGUAAAGAAAUCACCCAUUGACUCAACAGAAGUAUCACCCACACUAAUAGCAAUGCCGACAACUAAGCCAGGAUCAGAAGAAUGGGUCUAUGUGACUGAGCCUAUACCUGAGGAGCUACCUUCGUUUUUAGUACCUUACUGGGAACUGAUAGAGAAAACCUACAUAAGCCACAUCAAAACAGUGCUUCGACAGCUCAGAGAAAGCCAACACACCGUGCUCUCUUAUUUAUAUGAGACUAGGACAAGUUUUCAGGAGUUUCUAAGGCGUCCAGAUCACAAGCAAGAUUUUGUAUCUCAGUGGCAGGCUGAUUUCAACUCAGUUCCUGAAGACCUGUGGGAAGAUGAGGAAACAAAGGCUGAACUACACCAAAGAGUAAAUGAUCUGCGAGACCGCCUGUGGGACAUCUGUGAAGCGAGGAAGGAAGAGGCAGAGCAGGAGAGACUUGAUAUCAUUAACGAGAGCUGGCUGCAGGACUAUAUCGGAAUAACAAUGAAUCACUUCUUUUCCCUGAUGCAGGCAGAAGUGAACCGUUUCCAAGAUACCAAAAGACUCCUUCAAGAUUAUUACAGAGCAAUGGAAUCCAAAAUCCCACUGGAAGACAAUAAGAAAUUUACUCGAAUCCCAUUGGUUCAACUCGAUGGUAAAGAAAUUUCAGAACACCAGCUCAGAAUUCCUCUAGUUCCUCGAAUAUCCAGUUCUCCAGAAAAUGUUAGCAUGAGACCAAAGGUGAAAGCAUUACUGAAGGGCAGAUUCGAUCCACCACUGGAAAGUCUGGAAGCCAACUUUGAAGGAGAUGAGAAGAUAGUAUUAGACACCUGGCAGCAGGCUUCCUUAGCCAUCUCCCAAAUGGUGGCUGCUGAAGUUCAUCAAAGGCUCGCAGAGGAAGAAAAGGAACAACCCCAACUAGAUCCCAAAGAAAAGUCUCCUCAGUCGGGUGCAAACAAAAAGGCCAAGAAGGAGAAAGAACAGGCCAAGAAGGAGAAAGAACAGGCCAAAAAGGAGAAAGAACAGGCCAAGAAGGAGAAAGAACCGCCCAAGAAGAAAAUGGCAGAAAAGAAAGGAAAAGGUAAAUCAUCCCCUGUGGUAGAAGUCAGUCCCGUCACAAUAACGCCCGAGGAAAUGGCUGAAAUGGAAAGGAAGAAUGAGCUGAAGCUCAAGAUAAAGGAAGAACAUCUUGCCGCCCUGCAGACAGAAGAACAAGCCACACAAUUUCGACUUGAACUAAUAAAGUCAAAAGCUUUGUCCAUCCUGGAAGAUUUAGUAACAAAGGUGAUUGAGGUUUACAGGUUCAUGGAAAAAUGGCUUGGUAAGAGAUAUUUGAAUGAAAUGGCCAGUAUACAGAAAUUGACCGAAGUAGCUCGCUACCACAUUGAGACAGCUACGAAAAUUCAAAAUGAGAUUUAUUUAAGCCAAGAAGACUUCUACAUCAAUGGAGACAUAAAAGUCUUCCCUGACCCUCCUCCACCAACCCGCCCACCACCGGUAGAAAAGGAAGAAAAUGGCACCCUAACAAUCGAACAGCUUGAUAACCUUCGAGAUCAGUUCUUAGAUAUGGCGCCUAAAGGCAUAAUAGGAAAUAAAGCUUUCACUGACAUUCUGCUUGAUCUGGUUACCCUGAACCUGGGAACAAACAACUUGCCUAGCAGCUGGAUGCACCUCACCCAACUGGAUUUGCAGGAGAUAACAUCUUUAUUAACAGUCAACACAGAGUUCGUGGACUGGAGGAAGUUCUUGAUGGUAGCAGCCAUGCCAUGGCCCAUCCCCCUGGAGGAGGAGCUCCUGGAGACCCUGCAGAGGUUUAAGGCCACCGAUGAAGCUCAGACAGGCACCAUCACCUUUGAACAAUAUAAGCAGGCUGGUCUAUGGUUUUCAGGAGAUGAAGAUAUAAAAAUUCCAGAAAAUCCCCUUGAACCCUUGCCAUUCAAUAGACAGGAGCAUCUCAUAGAGUUCUUCUUCAGGCUGUUUGCUGACUCUGAGAAGGAUCCACCUCAGCUUGACUACACUCAGAUGUUGCUGUAUUUUGCCUGCCACCCAGACACUUUGGAAGGAGUCUACAGGGCCCUCAGUGUGGCUGUGGGGACUCACAUAUUCCGGCAGGUUGAAACUCCAAUGCUAACUGCAGAAAAGACCUCCAUCUCCUCUGUGAGUCCCAAUGAGGAAUUCCCUGAAGCUGAAGAAAACAGUACAAGAGAGGAGCUGAAGGAGGAGAAAGAUGAGAGGGACCAAAAGGAAGAAGAAAUCCCAGAAAAUGCAAACACUGAAAAGAUUUCCAUGGAAACACUGCUCAAAGUGUUUGGAGGAGGAAAUGAAGUGCUGGACGCUAACAGAUUUGCCAGCUACCUAAAGACAGAGAAUAUUUACUCAGAGAACCUCAUCAAGACGUUCCAGGACCUGGGUGCCAAGAACCUAGAGCCAAUCGAAGUUAAUAUUCUCUUGAAGCAUCCUUACAUUCAGGACCUGAUUACGAAUUAUGUAGACUAUAAAAUCCCUGACAUUAAAAUGAUCCUUCAAAGGAGUGAGCAUGCACAAGGCAGUGAUGGAGAAAGGUCACCCUCAAGACUUACAGACGAAAAGAAGUGAAGACUGUGGUUUAUUUUUUUAUUUUAUUGAAUAAAUAUUCAUAAUCGAA